AGGAAACCCUGAAAAGGCAGAUUAUUUGGGCCAGACCGCUCUGCACCAUGCAACAAAGAAGGGUCAUAUAGAUUGUGUUACGUUUCUGGUCAACUGGGGCUGCAACAUCUGGGCACUGGAUAACAGCCACCACACUGCAUUUGAUGUUAGCUCAGUAAACAACAGGCGAGAUAUUAUGAAGUAUUUAGAUCAGCAACAAAACAUACAGCUCCUGAAAAAUCGGAAGACAACUGAGAAGAUGAAGGAGAAGGCCAUUGCUGAGUAUGACAAAAAUGUGAAACGCUAUGAGAAACUACAGCAGGAGGCUGCCAGAAAGGCCGAGGAAGAAAACCGAAAACUUCGUGAAAUGCAGAACAGAGGGCAGGGCAAUCCAACAGGUAAAACCACAAUACGGCAGAAACUGAAAACACUUGCAUUCCGCACAAAGGCCCGACCGUCAGCUUUCCCUCACAGCACGACAGGACGCAGCGCUGUUCCAAAAAGUGACGUCUUCCACGUGAGGGAGGUGGACGAGACCGGGAACGUCACGGUUCAUUCCCCGAAGGGUAUCACACGGGGAUCAGAUGUGAUGUAUGUCAAUGGCCAACCCGAAUCGCAGAUGAGCAAUAGCAUAUAUGAGAAAGAGGAGCAGAAUUCGAAGGUGGCUGGAAUCUUUGAUCGGCCCGGUAUGGGCACGAUGGCAUUUUUUAAUAACCGCCAGGUGGCAGCACAUUCUUUGUUUGCCGGUGAUGAAUCCGAAACAAGAGGCAAAGAACAAGGACAUUUUGCUAGUCGUCCAACUGCUUUACUCAGCGACAGCAUCAUAGGCGAUAUGCAGUACAACCCCAAGGACUUACCCUGGGACGACGAGAUCAUUGGAAACCUAGACGACGGCGAAAAUGGCCUCACAAAGUACUCGACACUUGAACUCUUUCUUGUAACUUACAAACUGGAGGACUACUUCGAUGUGUUCUCUCGUGAGAAGAUUGACCUUGAUGCCUUAAUGUUGCUGGAAGACGAAGACUUAAAGAGUCUUAAUGUAGAGUUGGGGCCUCGACGGAAACUGAAAAAUGCCAUUGAAAAGAGACGAAAUGUGCUACGUAACCCUGGGGCUAUGGUUGAUACACGAAUCUGAAAUCUGUAAAAUAUAUUCCAAUUAUAUUUUUUGAUUAUA